AUGGAGCCUCCCCGGUCAACCUCGCGCUCGCGCCGCUCCUACCCGAACCUCCAAAAUCUCUCCAUCGCACCAUUGAGUGCCAAAUACCCCCUCGAUGCAUCGGUUCCUCCCUCACCCGAUGAGCAAGUUACCACCACACCGCGAACAUCCUACAUUGUGCAAAAGUCUGCACCCGCAACACCAGGCGUAUUGAGUCUUAGCCAGAGCCGUAGUACCUCUCGGCAGCGGCAGAAGAAGGCAUACGCAUACGACAGCUAUUUCAUGACACCCAGUUCCGAAGUGCGAGAAAUUGGCGACAUACCAAAGGCAAAGAGCACGAGCAUGUUACAUCCAGGUGUCAGUUUUGCAGACGAAAUAGAAGAAGGAGAAACCGAGAAGAAGAGACAUCAUACGCGGAAGGGCACGGCACCUCUACCUCUACGCUCACCAAGCAUCAAGCACCACACUAAAGAGUCCAAUGACGAAUGGUUCCACCGUGCGGGAUUGGCAAUCGCCGGAGAGAUGAGAGAUAGCAAGGGCCAAGGGUGGCUUGUGAGGCGGGAGAGUUCAACAAGUCUAGUCGGGGAGAGCGAUCCCUUCGACCAGCACCAUGUCCACGACGACCGACGCAUGGCUCUUCUCUCAGGCGAACAUCUCGGCGACGCCGAAUUUCCCUCCUUCUUCUCUCAGCGCAAUUCUAGAGCCGGAAGCCGUCUGCCAAGCCGCGUGGGCUCCCGCGUACCCAGCGCCCGCCAGAGCCGAAGGGGAAGUAGAGUUGGCAGCCGGGUGGAUCUCAUGACAGGUUUCAAGAACCAAUCCGGACGCCCCAACUUUGACAUUUCAGAGCUGGAAGAACGCUUCAUCGAGCCCGACUUUAUCGAAGCGGACGAGGAGUCUGACGGCGAUGAGGAAGAAGUCGCACGCCUGGCGCGUGAACGCGGGUUCGGUCUUGGGGGCUGGAUGGACAGUUUACUUGGAUGGUCGCUGUUCUCCGUCGAUGAGGAUAGAGAGGGGUCUUCUGAUGACGACGAUGAUAUGGAGGGUAGUACUGGUUUGCGCCUCGACAAUAUCUCAGCAGAGGAACUCAAACUCCGCCGCGAGGUGGAAGCUAAGAGGCGCAAACUUGAGCGCGAAACUAUCAUUGCCGCUUCGGCGUUGAAUCGCCGCGAGGGCGAUGCAAGUGAGAGUAGUAGACCUAGCACUGCAGAUAAGCCGCCGCCUGCGAAUGAGGAAGGUGGCGGAUGGCAGGAUGCUGCAUGGCUGUUGAGUGUAGCAUCAAAGGCCCUGUUUUGAACAUAGUAUGGUGUACAUACUUGGGCUUUUGUCUAUACUACACAAGGGUUGUAAAGCAUGACUACUGAAAAUAGGUUGGGCAGAGCCCUGGAAUGA